UUCACCGUGCCCGGCACACGUGUGUUUCAGAAAGUGUUUAGUAGCGGGAUAAAAAUGAUAAAAACUAACGAUAUAUUCCGCAAGCUCACUUGCGGGGCAAAGUUUUCCAAUAAAAAUAGGCCACCACCCAAGCGCAAGCUAGAGGUUACCCCAGAAGUGGUACCGCCUCCGUUGUCCAACAUUAAGGUCCGGAUAAAGCAAGAAAAGCUAGACCCGGAUGAAUCGACGUACCACGAAACACCGACCAACACUUCUGAAUUGGAAGAUGUUGAUAUCAAGAGCGAAGCUUCCGAAUCGGAAAAUGUUGAUAUCAAGAGCGAGAUUCCGACACCGGUGCUGGAUAAGCCCAAAAAGAAGAAAAUCAAAGAAAUGUCACCGGAAAAGUUUGAACGAGUUAUGCGCGCACGCUUAAACCGGAUUCGUAACAUUCACAAAAUCACUAUAAAAAAGUCUGCAAAUUGUUCGGAGGCACCGAAUCCGAUUGAAACCUUCGAUGAGCUUGCGACACGCUUUAGCUGUUCCAACCAGCUGGUCAGCAACGUGAAGGCUUGUUACAGCAAACCGACACCGGUGCAGAUGCAAGCCAUCCCGACCCUGCUUGAAGGCCUCUCGCUUCAUGCCUGUGCCCCGACCGGAUCCGGAAAGACGGCCGCAUUCCUCAUUCCGAUCUUGCACCAUCUGAAGGAACAUCUAAAGUGUGGCUUUCGGGCGCUCAUCAUUUGUCCUACGCGGGAGUUGGCGAAGCAGACGCAGCGGGAGGCUUUAAGGCUUGGGGAUGAAUUGAACAUACGAACGCACGUGAUUGGGACGGUGGACGAUCGGUGGAAGUGUGACUACAGUUUCAGCGGUGGUCGCAACUACGACAUUUUGGUCACGACACCGAAUCGGAUUUGCUAUCUUCUGGCACAAAAUCCUCCCCGAAUCGAUUUAAGCAACAUCCAGUGGAUCGUCGUGGAUGAAGCGGACAAGCUGUUCGAGGACUCGAAAAACUCUUUCCGUGAACAACUUGACACGGUGUUGAGUGCGUGUAACAACCCGAGCAAAACGUUGGCCCUCUUCAGUGCAACGCAAACAGGCGACGUCAACAAAUGGGUCGCUCAAAAUAUCCCCGAUCGGGUGCGGUUCUGCAUCGGCAUGAUGAACGGAGCGGUCGAUCUGGUCGAACAGCAGCUACUCUUCACCGGCACCGAGGGAGGAAAGCUACUAGCCUUCCGGGAUAUGGUAGCACAAGGCCUGAACCCACCGGUGCUGGUGUUCGUACAGAGCAAGGACCGUGCCCAACAGCUGUUCACCGAACUCCUGUACGAUGGGUUGAAUGUGGACGUCAUACAUGCCGAUCGUAGCCAGCAGGAACGAGAUAACGUGGUGCGGGCAUUCCGUGAGGGUAAAAUAUGGAUCCUGAUCUGCACGGAGCUGAUGAGCCGUGGAAUCGAUUUCAAGGGAGUGAAUUUGGUCAUCAAUUACGACUUUCCUCCGUCAACCAUCUCGUACGUGCAUCGCGUUGGCCGAACGGGUCGUGCGGGACGGCCCGGGAAGGCGGUGACCUACUUCACCAAGGAUGAUACUACGAAUUUAAAAGCCAUAGCAAUGCUUAUCAAACAGGCUGGCGGUGAUGUACCGGAGUAUAUGUUAAAGUUGAACCACGGAUCCCAGCGGAAGCGGGAAGAGCUGGCACGGAAAGCACCGAAACGAGCCACCAUUCGCACACUUCCCGCGUUCGAGCUGCAGAAGUUGCAACGAAACAAAAAGUUCGUUGCACAUACUAAAGGUAAAAGAAAUAUGCACCGAAAAUAUGGUGAUCAGCAUCGAGAGAACUCGGAAUAGAGCGAAAUGAAACUGACGGUUGAAACGUUAAGCUGAAAAUGGAAAAUAUUAUAAAUUAAAAAUAAGACACACUUCUUUGCAUCGCUGUUUGUUUUCUGAAUAAAUGCAAUA